AUGGAUCCGGAGUCUCUCCUGGCGACUCUGCGUCUGAGGCAGGAAUACACCAUAGAUAUGAUGUCCAUCCACACUCAUCCAUGCACUCAUCCACACGUCCAUCCACACUCAUCCACACUCAUCCAUGCACUCAUCCACACGACCAUCCACACGCCCAUCCACACGCCCAUCCACACGCCCAUCCACACGCCCAUCCACACGACCAUCCACACGACCAUCCACACGACCAUCCACACUCAUCCACACGACCAUCCACACUCAUCCACACGACCAUCCACACUCUCAUCCACACACUCAUCCACACUCUCAUCCACACUCUCAUCCACACUCUCAUCCACACUCUCAUCCACACUCAUCCACACGACCAUCCACACGACCAUCCACACUCAUCCACACGCCCAUCCACACUCUCAUCCACACUGUCAUCCACACGCCCAACCACACUCAUCCACACGCCCAUCCACACGCCCAUCCACACUCUCAUCCACACUCUCAUCCACACUCUCAUCCACACCCAUCCACGCGCCCAUCCACACUCAUCCACACUCAUCCACGCGCCCAUCCACACUCAUCCACACACCCAUCCACACUCAUCCACACGACCAUCCACACGACCAUCCACACGACCAUCCACACUCUCAUCCACACUCUCAUCCACACUCAUCCACGCGCCCAUCCACACUCAUCCACGCGCCCAUCCACACUCAUCCACGCGCCCAUCCACACUCAUCCACACUCUCAUCCACACUCAUCCACACUUUCAUCCACACUCUCAUCCACACUCAUCCACUCGCCCAUCCACACUCAUCCACGCGCCCAUCCACACUCAUUCAUGCGCCCAUCCACGCGCCCAUCCACAGGCUCAUUCACACUUUUGGAAUUUAUCUUAGCCAAUCCACACACUGGCAUGCUUUUAGGAGGUGGGACGAAACCAGAGAACCCAGAGGAAGCCCACAUGGACAUAGGAAGAAGUCGAGCUCAGGCUCGAACCACAACCAUGAGGAGGGAACGCUACUGUGCUGCCCAGUUGUGUUUAUUGUACAGUAUAAAAAUAAAUUACUUCAGAUUUUCUCACAUAAGAUUCAAUGUUCACACUCAAUCUGGAAGUUUCCAUCAACAUGA